UAACAUUUGUUAAUGUAGCCGAACUUACAAAAAUGCAACAGGAGCCAAAGUCCGAGCACGCGCAUAUGGGCAGGGAUGUGAACGUGGAUGUAAGUCCGGACACGAUGUCCACAGCGCUGCUGAUCGAGGAUCCCCGUUACCGAAUUCGACCCAUGCAACAGGUAAUUUCCGCACUGAUUGGUGGCCUAAUCACAACCUUUGUGGUCACACCCCUGGAAGUGGUGAAGACACGCGUUCAGACGCAAUCGCAGAACCGGGUGCGAAAGCCCCCAGUUGUAUCCAAGCUAUGCUAUGUCUUCCACAACGGUCUCAUGACGCACAUCUGCAAGACAGGUACCAGCGAUUGCUUAGCCAAAAAUGCCGCCGAUGCAACCAAUUUGCGUCCACUGCGCGGCACCAUGGAUACAUUUGUGAAAAUCAUUUGCUCCAAUGGUGUUGCCGGCCUCUGGUCCGGUUUAAGUCCGACGCUCGUCUCGGCGUUGCCGUCAACAAUCAUAUACUUUUUGACCUAUGAGUAUAUGAAGCAUUCGUUCGCCAAUUUUUAUUAUAUAUGGGAGACGAGUGCACGUUUGCCCGAAGACGGCGAAAUUAAGAAGCAGGUGAAGACAGCGUCGGAGACGAGACUGUCGCUACCAUAUGCGGUGCCAAUGGCAUCAGGGAUGUGUGCACGUACGGUCGUUGUGACGGCCAUAACGCCACUGGAAAUGGUGCGCAUCAAGAUGCAGUCGGGUUUUGUAACGUACACGGAGCUGUGGCUUGUGUUGCGCACGCUGAUCAGGACGCAAGGCGUUUUAGGAUUGUGGCGUGGCUGGCCGCCGACUGUGAUGCGCGAUGCACCCUUCUCGGGCACCUACUGGGCCGCCUACGAGUACAUUAAGCGUGCCUGCAACGUGUCAGAGCCAUCGCUUUGGUUCAGCUUUGUCACGGGGGCAGCAUCCGGAGCGUUGGCCACAUUGGUGACAAUGCCGUUCGAUUUGAUUACCACGCACACGCAAAUUGAGCUGGGACAGGAUAUCUUAUAUGCGGAAUCGACGAGCGGUAGAGCUGGCAAAGGUGGCACCGCAAACCAGGCCGCAAGUGCAACGGCAUCCGUCAAACAGUCAGUGUUUUCGCGCCUCCGUGCAUUAUAUCGACAGCAGGGCAUACGGAGUCUUUACGUCGGAAUUGUACCCCGGCUGCUGCGUGUGAUGCCCGCCUGUGCCAUUAUGAUAUCGGCAUUUGAGUACAGCAAAUCGUACUUCUUUAGGUACAAUCUAGAUCUCCAGGAGACUGCGAAACAGCGCGCACAAAAACUAACAAGUACAUUUAGGUUACCGACGUGCCUCUUAACGCGCCAAGCCAAGUGA